AUGACGUUAAUCCUUCCGGUUGAGACCCGGAAUCAAAAGAUCGAAAAGGCACCUCGCAGAGAGUUGAAAAAAGCUAGACUCAUCGAAUCAUCUGAUGGAGAUUCGGAUAUAGAAGCUGAGCCACGACAACGAUCGAAACGCCAGCGAGUAGUACGCAUUCAUUCAGAGGAUUUUCAGAAAGAAAAGUCGCGAGGUUUUCCAGUAUCCUAUAAAGGCAAGGGGUAUAGCAAUGUAACCGAAAAUUCUGUCCCAAUGCCAGGAAGUAUCACCAUGGACAUUUCUCGGAAGUUUACAGACAUCGAUGAGAGGUUCGCACAAAGGAUAAAGGAGCAGAAAGAAGUCACCGAAUGGUUUACUAAUUUGGUUGUGAGUAUAGAGAAUAAACUGGAUUCACAAAAGUGA